ACACGCACAUCCACACAAUUAGCUACAUGUACACACCACGCCAGCGGAACUGUACAGUGCCGGGGGGCAAAAAAGUGCCGCCCGGCCGGCAGUCCAAUCAUAAUCAAUACAAUCGAACGAAUCGACAAAGCACAGACAGUACACCACAAUUAGUGCUGCCACGGGCUGCAGCGACAGCUCUACAUGACCUUCCUCAGUAUCGGCUUGGCGGUUGCCGCCACUGUCUGGCGCACCUUGGCCGCCCUCCGCUUGAACUCGCCCACAGGAUGGAGGAAGGUGUCAGCAUCACGGUGGUCGCACACCUUGACAAUUGGCGGCGCAAGGGCCGACGCAAGAUGGCCGAACUGGAAGGCCAGCAGGACUAGGCCGGCGAUGUGGGUGCCAAAGGCGCUCUGCAAUUCGGCACCUGCGGACAUGAAAAGAGUGGAUUCAAACCGAUACACACCUGCGGAUGGGUGUUCGUGUUGAUUUCUUUGUUCUUUCCCACCUUGCCAAAUGCCAUCGCACGUCACCCAUAUGCCUCGCCAGCUGAACACGACAGCCAGGCCAACCAGAUACCUGAACCAACACACGGGGCUCACACACAGAGGUUUCCUACGUGACCCUCUGGCCGUGCUGCUCACAUACACACAUAAACACAUACAUGUAUCCGAAUUUGGCGACAGAUCUCAUGAGCGGCCCCUCGAUGUGGGCUAUCCGCCCGCCGAUGCGUUUCUGGAAGGCCAUGGCGAUGGCUAUGGCGCUGUAUCCGACGGCGAGGCUGCACAGACCCGACUUGAUGAGGUCGUCAGGGAACAGAUAGUGAUCCAGCGUCAACCUGACGACGGACAGACAAGUGAAGACUCACAAAGGGUGGUCAUGGGUAUGCUGAUUGACUGACCAUGUCCCUCUCCAGAAGAGGACCACAGCGACGGUCAUGCCCAUUCGAAAGAGGAUCGCCUUGACGUCCUCCCAGCCAAUGCCAUGCGCCUCGUGGUGAUGGCCACUCUGGGGCUCAGUGCUCGCCGCGGGCACGUGCUGGCGCACGAUGACGACAUCACACGACUGAGGAGCUGAGUACAGAAUGGAGAUAAGAGCGACAAUCCUCCUCUGUCUGUUCGAGUGAGUUGCAUCGUUUGUUUCGAACCGUUGGCCAGUAUGUAGCUGCUGACGUGACCGAUCUUCUCGUUUGUCCCAAAGCCAAGCACAGCCAAAUGGGCAUUCUCUCGUUUAAGAACUGUACAAGUACCAACCGCACCAGACCAGACAAGAAAGACAGACAAUGCGGACACGCAGGAACUCCCCCUUGCUGGCCGACUGACCACCCCAUCCGCCCACCAUUGAGCAGUCCGGCUCUCGGCCCUCCCGCUUCGGGCGCAUCCACCACCUCACAAGCAUGGCUCACACCGUCGGGCGCCUUCUCCCUCGCAGCGGAUGCCAUCUCAUCCCGAAUGGUGCGGUCAUUCAGCGGUGCGGGGCUGGCGAUGUGUGAGGCCUGCCGCACCUCAAACAGCCGUUUCAUGGGCUGGAGGAUGGUCACGUCAAGUGCGGCAGCGAGGGGUGGAGGGGGAGGCCAGGAGGCACCUGUUGGGCGGCAGUGGAGGGCUAUCACGUGAUCGGAGGGCUGCGAGAGCUCGAAGGCCUGACAAGAUGAUAAGAUGCGAAUGCAUUUCAAUCCAUCCAGGGAUCUUUCCGGUGUUUUGUCGUAUCGAUGUGUGUGUAUACCCUUCUCAUUGCCAAGCGGCUGUUCUCAAAAUCCCUCGCGCCAACACCGACCUGCAGGCAAGGCAACGCAAUACACACACAGAUAAUUGAACCAUCCUUCCCGCAUGAUGUUUGCCUGCCUCUCCUGACCACAAUGGUCCACUGCCGGCCUUUGGAUCUUGCCGCCGACGAGCUGCAGAAUCGACCAACAGGGAUGAGGCUGCAGCCGUGCCUUCCAGCAUCAAUGCGGGCAUUCAGCGCUCGGCGAAUCGUCAUCGAUGGACCUUGUUAACGAACGAAUUGUCCGGAAAAAGCGCAUUCGAGAAGAAAGGCUG